AUGUGUGUGUGUCUUAGGCUGACCUUCCCCUCGGACCUGGACGAGCUGAAGGCCCUGGCCCGCAUGUUGAAACUCUACAAGCGUGAUCACCAUGGUUACGUGGUGCUGCUGUUCUGCUCGGCCUAUCUCUACAAACAGUCCUUCGCCAUCCCAGGCUCCUCCUUCCUGAACAUGUUGGCGGGGGCCAUCUUCGGGCCCUGGGAGGGGCUGCUCCUGGCCUGUCUUCUGACCACCACAGGCUCCACCUUCUGUUUCCUUUUGUCCGACGCCUUCGGGAAGCAGUAUGUGGUUCGCUUCUUCCCCCAGAAGGUGGCGCUGCUGCAGAGGAAGGUGGAGGAGAACCGCAGCAGUCUCUUCUUCUUCCUCCUCUUCCUGCGUUUCUUUCCCAUGACUCCAAACUGGUUCCUGAACAUCUCGUGUCCGGUGCUGAGUGUGCCCAUGCCCAUCUUCUUCUCCUCAGUCUUCAUCGGCCUGAUCCCGUAUAACUUCAUCUGUGUCCGCACCGGCUCCAUCCUGUCGCAGCUCUCUUCUCUGGACGACAUCUUCUCCUGGGGGACUCUGGCUCAGCUCCUGGCCAUCGCCCUCAUGGCCCUGCUCCCGGGGGCCCUCAUCAAGCACUACAGCCGCAGGCAUCUCAACGUGGACGGCCUGGACUCUGGGGGGGAGGGGAGCGGGGAACGAGAGAGCAGGGAGGGAGAGAGCAGGGAGGGAGAGAGCAGGAAGAGACGGUGA